AUGGCCUUCUUCCCACGCCUCUCUGGUGGUGAAUUCACCCCCCUUUUCCGCCUUCUUGACGACUACGAUGCCCACCGCUCGUGCUCAUCAGAGGCCUCCAUUGCGCGAUCCUUCGCUCCAAAGUUCGAUGUGAGAGAGACCAAGGACGCCUAUCAUCUUGACGGAGAAAUUCCCGGCGUCAGUCAAAAGGAUAUGGAAAUUGAAUUUACCGAACCUCAAACACUUGUUGUUCGCGGCCGCACUAAGCGCGAAUACACCACUUCAAACGCAAACAUCACCGAGGAGAGUGCUUCUGCCACCCCUGCCAUAGAUGCAGAGGCAGAUGAAUCAUCUUCCACUAGAAGGGACUCUCACCAAGCCACCGUUGAAGAUGAAGAGGAGCCCACCACUGUCAGCCCAGACACAUCACGCCCUGCUUCUCCAGCUAGGGACAAGGUUGCGAAAGUCAACAAGUCCAAGGCUGUGAAGAAGGCAAACGCAGCUCCUGCCUUCAAGUACUGGAUGACCGAACGAUCGAUUGGCGAAUUCAACCGUGUCUUCAAGUUCCCAUCCCGCGUUGAUCAGGAUGCUGUUCGCGCUAGCCUGCAGGAGGGCAUUCUGUCCAUCACCGUCCCAAAGGCUUCCGCUCCAACUAUCAAGAAGAUCAGCAUCCUCUAA